AUGCUGAGCAGGUUUGAGCCGACUGCAUUGAGGACUUUUAUUAUUACGACACUCAGCAUCAUUGUGUUCCCAGUCAUGACUUAUUAUAUUGCGAGCUGUAAUGGUUAAGCAGAUCUUACAAGUGAUUUUUUGCCUUCAAAUCAGAUCAUAAUAAGCGGGUUUUCUGCUGUUUUUGCCGUGCAUAUUGUGAUUGGCUGCUUUCUUUUUAAAGUUUACAAAGACGAAAUAGUUAAAAAUAAAUAG